ACUUACCGGUUCAGAGGUUAUUGACGUCAUAUUUCUGCUGCCGUGACCUGGGAUAACAACAAACCAUUAGCUAAACGUCAACUUAACGUGCGCAUUUUUCAUUUGUACUGUGCUAUUACUGUAGCCUUCAUUAGUAAAAAUGUCCGGGAAGGCGAAAGACAUCCUACAGCUGGACCUGUAUGGUUUACUCGGCAUUGAAAGGGCUGCUACAACGAAGGAGAUCAAGAAAGCUUAUCGACAAAAAGCCUUGACAUGCCAUCCAGACAAGAAUCCAGACAACCCAAAAGCAGUGGAGCUCUUCCACCAACUGUCCCAGGCUCUUGAGGUGUUAACCGAUGCUGCUGCCAAGGCUGCCUAUGACAAGAUUUGUGAUGCCAAGAAACGAGCAGAAGAAAGAACCCAGAAACUAGAUGACAAGAGGAAGAAAAUUAAGCUAGACUUGGAAGCCCGAGAACGACAAGCAGAAACUCAGACCCAGGAGGAGGUGCAAAUCACACGUACACUUGAAGAAGAGAUCGCCCGUUUGAGGGAGGAGGGCUCCAGACAGCUUGAGGAGGAACAGAGACUCAUCAGGGAGCAGAUCCAGAGGGAGAGAGAGGCUCAGCAGCAGCAAACAGGAGGCUACCCUCAGACAAACUCAGGAGUAGAGAGAUGCUCUAGGAGCAGUGUGACCCCCAAACUCAAGUUAAAGUGGAAGUGUAGGAAAGAUGAUGAGACAAAUGGAGGCUACUCACAAGACCUUCUUUCAAGACUUCUACAAAAGUAUGGCGAUCUUUUAAAUGUGAUUGUCUCCAGUAAGAAGAAAGGAAGCGCUGUGGUUGAAUUUGCAACUGUGAGAGCAGCUGAGCUUGCCUUUAAGAAUGAAAGUGGCCUUAGUGAAAACCCCUUGAAGAUUUCAUGGCUGGAAGGACAACCUGAGGUUAUCACCACAGCUGCUCAACCGAGCCAGUUCAUGUCUUCACAGAGCGCCCUGACAAACGAGCGUGACUAUGAGAGUGUGGUGAUGAUGAAGAUGAGGCAGGCUGCUGAGCGACAGAAACUCAUAGAACAAAUGCAGAGAGACGAUGAGGAAGAUGGAGGGUCAUAGUCCACAGCAGGACCACACUGGGUACCAGCCUGCAGCUAUUUAAUAAAUGAAUCUGUGUCAGGCUUUAGUUUCAUAAAGCCUCCUCACUGUUUUGUUGUCAUGUUUUUACACUGUGUGGACAAAUAAAUCUUUUUAAUAGUUAA